UCUUUUACUUACUUAAAAUUUGCCUUAUCAAUCAUAAAUGGCUUUCCCCAAAGAACACACGCUGACGUCACGUCGCUUGCAAAUGAACAAGAACCUCAAAGUCUCAAACCUACCCCCACUUCGUGCCAAAAAGACAAUAAAAAUAAAUUUACAAUCUCUGAAAUCACUUUCGUUCAAACUUGGAUUCUAAACUCUUCAGACAGGUUCUCUCUCUCACCAUUCUUUCUCAUUCAUUCAACUAUGGCGGAACCAAAAGAACUCAACGUAGUCAUGUUCCCUUUCAUGGCACAAGGCCAUAUUAUUCCAUUCGUAGCAUUAGCUCUUCACAUUGAACAAAAAUACAAUCACACCAUUACCUUUAUCAACACACCUCUCAACAUCAAAAAACUCAAAUCCUCUGUUCCUCCAAAAUCUUCCAUUCGUUUCCUCGAAAUCCCCUUCAACAGCUCCGAUCAUGGCCUCCCACCCAACUCCGAGAACACCGAUGUCCUUCCAUACCCUCUCAUCACUCGCCUCCUCGAAGCCUCAUUUUCUCUCAAACCCACUUUCAGAUCCAUCGUUUCCGAUCUCGUUGACUCCACAAAUGGCCACCGCAAUCGAGUCUGUGUUAUUACCGACAUCUUCUUCGGAUGGACAGCGAGUGUGGCUCGUGAAUUGGGGGUGUUUAAUGUGAUAUUUAGUGGUGCUGGUGGGUAUGGAUUGGCGUGUUAUUACUCUGUUUGGUCGAGUCUUCCUCAUAGGAGGACCGAUUCGGAUGAGUUUUUGUUAUAUGAUUUUCCUGAAGCUUCAAGGAUUCAUGUGACACAAUUGCCUUCUAGUAUAUUAAAGGCCAAUGGAACUGAUCCUUGGUCGGUUUAUCAAGCAAAGAAUUUGCCAGCAUGGGUUGAUUCGGAUGGGAUUUUGUUUAAUUCAGUGAAGGAGAUUGACCAGAUUGGUUUGAUGUAUUUCGUUCGCAAGCUUGGUCGCCCAGUUUGGUCAAUUGGACCAAUACUUUUGUCAACAGAGAACAGAGCAAAAGCAGGUAAAGAGAAAGGAAUGGAAACAGAGUUAUGUGCGAAAUGGUUGGACUCCAAGAGUCCAAAUUCGGUUCUUUACAUAUCAUUUGGAUCCAACAACACAAUAUCAGCAUCACAGAUGAUGGAAUUGGCCAUGGCUUUGUUGAUUUCAGGCAAGAAUUUCAUAUGGGUUGUUAGGCCUCCGAUUGGUUUUAACAUAAAUGCAGAAUUCAGAGCUCAAGAAUGGCUACCAGAAGGGUUUGAAGAGAAGACAAAAGAAAGAGGGCUAUUAGUGCAUAAAUGGGCAUCCCAAGUGGAGAUUUUGUCACACAAGUCAGUAUCUGCAUUUUUGACUCAUUGUGGAUGGAAUUCGGUGCUUGAAGCUUUAACUUAUGGUGUACCAAUGAUUGGUUGGGCUAUGGCAGCUGAGCAGUUUUUCAAUGUAAAGUUCUUGGUGGAAGAGCUUGGGGUGUGUCUGGAGGUGGCGAGAGGGAAUUCCUGUGAGGUUAGGCAUGAAGACAUGGGAGAAAAGAUUGAUUUGGUAAUGAAUGAGACGGAUAAAGGGGUGGAGAUGAGAAGGAAAGCUUGUGAGUUGAAGGAAGUAAUCAAGUCUGCCAUGAGAGAUGAGGAAGGUUUCAAGGGGUCCUCUGCCAAGGCCAUGGAUGAUUUCUUCAGAACUGCAAUGAUGACAAAAGAUGGCGUUGAAUGUUGAUGUCCAUGGAAGUUGUUGAGAUCGGUCAUAGUCUUUUGAUUUUUCUCUGCAAAUGAACAAAGUUUCUAAAGGUAGAAUCGUAGAGAUGGGGGAUUUGACUAUAAACAGUGAAUUGAAGGUCAACUUUUUGUUUGCUAAAGUUGACUUGAUUGUGCAUUUUCUUUUUGCCUAGAAAAGCAGUGGUCCUAAUUAUUUACUAGAGUACAUUUGGUGGUGGGGUACGUGUCCCGUGACCGUCCUCUGACAACUAAACUUUUUCUUCUCGUCAGUCGCACAAAA